AAGGAAAAAAAAGGGGGGGGCGACUUCCAUUCUUUUUGUAAUUUUAAGCUGUGGAAUCUGUUUUAGGAUGUAAAUAUCUUUGGGGAGAUGUUAAAUAUGAAGAGCUAUACAGGAUAAAGGCAUGAAGUAACAUCUAUGAUCCUGAGGUUUGAGGUCAUGUAGGAUUAGGUAGAAGAGAGGUUCUUACAAAUUACACAGAGUUAAGAACUUCAUCGCUUCGGUGCCUGCGCAGUUUACUGACAGCGUCAAAGUAGCUGGCCCACCCUAACAGUAAUCCAGUCAUGUAAAUCGGCUGUAGAGGGCGCGAGUGGGUCUCGGAACCUUUCCGCCGGGGUUAUUUUGUGAGAGGGACCGGAAAAGGAGUGGGAACCUUUGCCAUGAUGGGAGGCCGAGUGUUGAGCUCCUCUGCGGGUCGUUUUUUAGGAGCUCUCGGGGCUCGGUGUUGGGCCGGACGAGCCGAGCGUCCUUGCUUAACUUCGUGGGCGGUUUAUUCAGAUAGCCAGCUUAUUUGGACUUUACAAAGUAAAUCAUGGGUUUUCGAUGAAUGUGGAACCAUGUGGUUCAAAUCCUACAGGAAGACUUUUGCCUCUUUGAAUAGAAUUAAAAGUUACCGGCAGCCUUGGACAAGACCGUACAGUACUUCACAGACCACUGUUGACAGCAAUGAGGUGAAAACCUUUCUGGCCAUGGCUCACAAGUGGUGGGAUGAGGAGGGAGUAUAUGCACCUCUCCACUCUAUGAAUGACCUGAGGGUGCCAUUUAUUAGAGACAAUCUUUUGAAAACAGUUGCUAAUCAUCAUCCAGGAAAACCUUUGUUUGGAAUGAAGAUUCUUGAUGUUGGCUGUGGUGGUGGAUUAUUAACCGAACCUCUAGGACGUCUGGGGGCUUCAGUGUUUGGAAUUGAUCCUGUGGAUGAAAACAUUAAAACAGCACAGCACCAUAAAACAUUUGAUCCAGUCCUCGAUAAGAGGAUAGAGUACAGGGUAUGUUCCCUGGAAGAGAUCGUGGAAGACACUGAAGAAACUUUCGAUGCUGUUAUAGCUUCUGAAGUUGUAGAACAUGUAGCUGAUCUGGAAACAUUUAUACAGUACUGCUGUCAAGUAUUAAAACCUAGUGGCUCUUUAUUCAUUACUACAAUCAAUAAGACACAGCUGUCCUAUGCCUUGGGGAUUGUGUUUGCAGAGCGGAUUAUGGGGAUUAUACCAAAAGGUACUCAUACAUGGGAGAAGUUCGUUUCACCUGAAAAGCUAGAGAGCAUUUUGGAAUCGAAUGGUCUAUCAGUUCAAACUGUGACAGGAAUGCUCUACAACCCCUUCUCGGGUUACUGGCAUUGGAGUGAAAAUACCAGCCUUAACUAUGCAGCCCAUGCUGUGAAGUCCAUGGUACCAGGACACUCGGGGCCUACUGAGAUUGUUUUUAAGGGGGAAAAAGAAGAGCCUCAAGCUGAGGCUUCCACCAUCCCAGGUAUGCAUGAAGAACUGAAGAAAUGAAUUGUUUCUGAAGACUGUAGUAAUAUAUCUUGAAAGGUUGGAUCCUUAUAUUUAAAAAUAUAUGUAUACAAUUUAUCUUUUGAGAAAGAAUCACAAAGAAAAGGUUAAUAAAAAAGUUAAAUCCUUGGACAAAAAUUUUUAUGGCAUCUACUAGCUACUCUCAAGGGAUUCUAUGGAUAAAAAAGUUUUAUGAAGGUAUCCGUGAUCUAGGAGUUCACAUCUAGGAGUUCAUUGUCUUUGUUAUAUAAAUGAAGAAUGCUAUUUCAUUUUUUUUCUAAGUUUAUUUAAGAAAAAUGAAGAGUGGGGAGAAACUGGCCCUGCAGAGCAAACUUAGGCCAAGUAAAUAGAAAGAGGGUUAGGGCAAACACAAAAGUACAUGCGGCAUCUGGGAAACACAGUGUGGACUAUCAUGGAAAGCUACAAUAGCUGCAUAUUUCCUUUUAUCUUACGGGUUAUGCAUAUAUUUUCCCCACAUACAUGCACAUACAUAUCCGCUGUUCUUUAUUUUAAUUCAAUGAGGAAUUUGUAUCGUAAAUGUUCCUCUUUAUUUGAUUUUUUUUUUGGGGGGGUGCCAGGGAUUGAACUCAGGUCC